AUGAACCGAGUAAAAGAAUAUAGACGCCGAAAAUCGAUCGAGCGAAAGGAGUACCUUAUUGCCAAGUCCGCCAAGUCCACCGCAUCGAAGGAAAAAGCCAGAUAUUGGGAAUGUCCUAGAAGAGUACGAAUUGAAGCGGAAAAUAAUGUUUCGCCUCCGCGUGACAUCGUAAUUGUGCAGGAAAUCGAACAAGAGCGGGAGGAACAAACGCAGAAAGAAGAUAUAGAGUCUGAAGAGGAGGAGAAGGAGGAGGAGGAGGAGGAUAAUGAGAACAUUGACGAUGACAAUGUCGAUAAUGGUGAUGAUACCGAUGAUAAUGCUACUGAUAAUAAGGAGCAGAACAACACAAAUGUUGAGAAUAGCCUUGAUGACAACGGCGAUGAUGGGGAGCAGGAGAAAAUACGUAAUAAGGAAGAAAUAAUUCAGGAAGCAAUGGAGGAAGAAAAAAAUAGAUAUUACGCACCUCUUGAAAAUGAAGUACAAACUGGCGGUGCUGAUCAUCCUACAUCGCGACAUACAAGGGAAGAAAACGCGCCCUUAGAAGAAGAAUUCUCGCAAAAUUUCGAGAAUUCCAUCAAUGAUGAACAGCAGCAGCAGCAGUAG